AACGCACCAUGACGCAGUUGUUUCUGUGGAUUCUGAUUGGCCCGCUUUGCAGUGAGACAAACAGGACACGCCAUAUUGACAUUUUUUUGAAGAGACUGCUACAUUUCUGGUGGAAAAUGACUAAAUAGGUGGUUUUUGUCCACGGCAGACUUUAAGAUGGUGCACAGUGGAGCUGCGGAAGAGGCCUCCAUGGAGGAUUGUUCGUCCACGCAGGGCUCUGAUGUCUGCCUGCGGAGUCGGUCGUGCUCCGGUGAGAGAGACCGUCAGGUGCGGGCGGCCAGAGCGGCUCUCCUGUCCAAGCUGGGGCCCUACGAACCCGUUCUGACCUACCUACAGUCCGUUCUGGUCUGGGAAAGACCCGUUCACAGUGUCCUCUUGUACAUCGCUGUCAACGUUGUUUUCUGGUUCUUUGCUCUGACGUCACUGCGUUUGCUGUUCGUACUGGCUAGUGGCCUGGCGGUGCUUGUAUUUGCUGAUACUUGGAGGAAUAAGAUCUGGCCAGAAAUUAGAGUCAGAAAGUUGGAAGAAUCAGAAUAUGAGAGCUGGGGUCUGGUGCAGCCCGGCGUCCUCAGUGUGCCUGAACUGUGCCAUCACUUAGCAGAGGCCUGGGUCAGUGCAUCAAUUUUCACCUCCAGCAUGGUGCAAUACAAACGGAAAAACCCUGGCAAUUUCUGCGUCCUGAUCUGUGGAGUUUUCUCCUGUUUGGCUAUGAUUGGAUACUACAUUCCUGGAUUGAUACUCUUCUACGCCGCACUGAUGGCCUCUCUCUUGACCCCACUGGCUGCCUAUCACAGGAUCUUUCAGCGUGCGUAUGCCAAGCUGGAGCCAGUCCUGCAGCGACUGGACUUCAGUGUUCGUGGAUACAUGAUGUCAAAGCCCAUUGAUAAUCAGUUCCUGCGGAGACCCAUACGUGGCGCAGCCUCGGAUGAAGCGAGCGACAGCGAGGAAGAGUUGGCUGCGUUCUGCCCCAGUUUUGAUGACGCCGCUGCUGCAAAAGAACUGGCGCUGACUGACUCGGAGCACUCUGACGCUGAGGUGUCCUACACUGACAACGGAACCUUUAAUCUUUCACGGGGUCAGACGCCGCUCACAGAAGGCUCUGAAGACUUUGACAGACACAGCGACGCCGAGGAAUCUUUUGCUCAAGACCUCCCGGACUUCCCGUCCAUCAACCCCGACGCCACGUUGAUGGACGACGACGACGACACGAGCAUCGGGCUGCCCAGCCUAGGCCCGUCCGGCUUGGCGAGUCACCGCGCUUCAGUGCUGGACGUGGACGGACAUCUGGACUCCGACCAGGACGACCUGGACGCAGAACUCUCCCUCGGCGGCCUCCCCUCCGCCUCAGAUUUCAGCGGGGACUUGGCCGGAGCCAUCGCCAGCAACAUGAUCCAGGCGGCGAUAGCCGGGGCGUUGCAGCCGCGGCCCCCCGCCGCCCAGCGUCGACAGCGCCAGCCCCGGGCCGCGCCCCACAGAAGCUACCGCAAACAGUCCAGCUCUGAGUUUGACACGGACUUGGACGCCGAAGACUUUGAAAUGCUGGAUCAGUCUGAACUGAACCAGAUGGAUCCAAUCGGAGGAGCAAGACGAGGCGAGAGCCAGGGCUCUAAUUUCUUAUCGAGCCUACUCGGUAAACCACAGUGAAGAGCGUGUGCUGCUGUGUGCGUCUUGAUAGUCUAAAAUGUUGACCAGCGUGUGAGGCAACUUUAGGUUCCAGCUGUCCUGCUUCUGGUAGGCAACAACUUCUCACUGUGAAGUAUUAUGUAUAUCCUUUCCCCCCCUUUUUAAUUUUAUUUUCUUUCCCUUUCCUGUUCGAUUCUGAUCAGAUCAGCAAGACCCUUUUUUUUUUUUUUUUUAUUUGUAGGCUGAGCAAUAGGAAAUACAACAAUAAUAGAAAACACGGUGAGACAUUUGAUAAAAGCGCAUAAUCAAAGGUUGAAAUUACACUGAAAACUUGCAGGAGUGCCCAUUAAAUCUUUUCUAUUUUUUAAAUCAAGAAAAACAGGGCUAUUUUCCAUAGGACCAAAUACGACAUUCCUGUUGCUUGAGCUGUGCCAUGUUUAACGUUGCUCUUUUGGACAGCAUAUGAUGUUAAAGUUCAUUCAAUUGUUGCAAUAGUCCAUCUUUCAAGAGAUGGUUUUUCAUUGUAGUUUUUUAACAUAAACUGAUUAUAGGAAGUGAAUUUGCUUGAUUUUUGCAGGUUUUCAGAGCUUCAUUUAAGUAUUUUGAACUUGUCGAACGUUUUUCCUUUUCUGCUGCAUUUGAACACAUCUUUGUUUCCUUUUUGGCAGGGGCAUCUUAUUUGACCCAACAUCACAGUCUUAAUUCAGUUUCGUUUUUAGAUAUAAACAUUGGUUUCAGGGCAAAACGAUCACCGUUGUUGUGAAUAGGUUCACAGCUGUUUUCAUUUUCCUGCCCUUUUAGUGCCCUUGUUUUAAUACCUCAUACAACCCAUUUCAACUUACUUAAGGGUAAAAAUAUUUUACAUUGUAUCCUUGUAUUUUAAUUUGGAACCAUGUUUACAUCAAAAUUGUAUAGAAGUUGAUCUCAUAUUUAAUUUUUUUUAAAGUUUGGUACAUAGAGGUUUAAAGUGAUUUUUGUAAAGGUCUGUAUGUUGGAGAAAAUAUGGCACUUUAAACUUGCAAAUUUCACAGGAAUUUGUCUCAAAUCUUAAAUGCUGUUUUAAUGGAAAAAUAAAUUGCUGUUUUAAUUUAAUCUGGAAUAUUUUUUCAUCACAAUUUAACAAAAUAAAACAGCUGGAUCCUCAUACAUGAAACUGAAGUAGCAAAAAUAAUGCACUGAUGGAAAGGAUUUUUUUUCUUUGCUUGUUAGACUUGGGUUUAAAAAUGUUCCUCCAAGCUGCUCUGUGAAAACUUAAAUCCUCAAUUUAAAAUAUUCUCGAGUCUGCUAAGUUAAUGUGCAUAGUAUUGUAUUUUCUUCUCUGUAUCUGGUUUUGAUAUAUUUUGAAGUGCAAAAUACAUUGAAUAAAAUGUUUGGAAUUAA